GGGGUUUUUGUCAGGUACGGUCUUUCUGAAAAAAUUGUGUGUUUUCAAAAUUAAAAAGUAUUACUUAUUAUUGUUUUGAACGCUAUAUACAUACAUAUCUACAUACAUACAUACAUACGUAUGUUAAAAAAGUAAAAUAAUUGAAUAAGCCGAAAAUGAAAGCGGAGUGGUCGAAAGCGUUUAUUAUACGGCCGCGGGACAAUCUACAGUCUCAUGUCUACAUAAAACAGAAGAAAUUUGUGCCCUCAUACGAGAGUGACCCUUGCCCUGUACCGAUGAACUGGCUGAUGGGUUGGGAGUACGCGCGCAUCUGGUUGCGCGAGCGUGAUGAUUAUAUUAACGAGCGUCUGCGCAAAUCCAAAGCAAAACGAAUUAAAAACGACUAUACACGAUGGCUAGCAAAACGGCAAAUUAAACCAAAAAAAAGUUAGCUAGCCAAGCAUUCUAAUGGAUCCCACUGGAAUCUAAUAUAUUUUGUUUGUAGAACCUUAAGACUGCUUUCCUAAACUGAUGAAUUUCACAAAUCUUUACUAACUAUUCCGUUUCGUACAAAAAAAUUA